AUGACGGUCGACGACACGCUCUCCCUCCCCCGCAUCCUGUGCCUGCACGGCGGCGGCGUCAACGGCACCGUCUUCCGGCUGCAGUGCCGCGCCAUCAUCGCGCAGCUCGGCCACCGGUUCCGCUUCGUCUUCAUGGACGCGCCCUACACGUCCCGGCCGCACCGCGACAUCGUCACCGUCUACGGCGACUUCGCCCCCUUCUACCGCUGGCUCGCGUGGAGCCAGGACCGCCUUCCGCUUCGCCGUGCUGAUGGCCGGCAGCGCCCCCGUCCUGCACCUCGACCUGCGCCUGCCGCCGCCCCCGCCGCACGUCGCCAGCCCCGACGCCUUCAGCACCGACUUCACCGACUACCCGGACCCCGGCGCGCCCCCGAGCGGCCUCCACGUCCUGCGCCUGCCCACCCUGCACGUCCACGGCCUGCAGGACCCGGGCAUCCAGAGGCACCGCUGCCUGCUCGAGCGCUACUGCAUGCCCGCCACUGCCCGCCUCGUCGAGUGGGAUGCCGGCCACCGCCUGCCCGUCAAGACGGCCGAUGUCAAGGCCGUCGUCACCGAGGUUCUGCGCCUGGCGCGGGAGACGGGCGCCAUUCCGCCAGACGUUGA